UGUUCCCUCCAGUAUUUCGCAGUUUGUUUCGCAGGCGCGAUUACGUUCAAAUCUGAAAGGCAGUGUUCAAUCACACAGUUCUGUUUUUAUAUAAUAUAAUAAUAGUGAAGGGGGUUGAACUGAAAACGCCGAAACACAGUAUCGUAAAAGGAAAACAAAAAAAAAAGUUGUGUAAAAAGUUAUCAGUUGCUGCAAUAAUUAUCUGUCCUUUGGUGCCAUCUUGCGGAUAUUUUCUGUAAUGCGGUUUAUUUUAUCCUCAACCAAAAUGGCUGCUACUCCUAUGUUAAGUAUAUGAGUGAAGCCAGGUAUUGCCCUAUUUGCUGUCUGCCAAUGCGGCGUUGUUUCCGUGUUGCAGCGAAAACCGGUGUUUUUACAGUUCCGGGCAGGCAGUUAAUUCUGAAGGAAACAACAACGCGAAACCUGAUGGAACGUUCCACUGCCUUUCCCUCCCGACCUCUCAGCAGAGUGGUUGUGACCAGCUGUACCCAUGGCGAUGAGCUGGGAGGAGUCUGUCUGGUGAGGGAGUGGCUGAGGCAGGGCAACACCCCCUUUCUGCACUGGCGCAGCUUCAGAGCUCAGACACUGUUAGCCAAUCCCAGAGCAACCAAGCAGAACAGGAGAUACCUGGAGACAGACCUGAACAGGUGCUUCACAGCAGAGAUAUUGAGGUCUCUCUCUCCCCUACUCUCCUCUGCAGUGUUUUGAGCUCCAGCAGCCCUUUGAUUACCCCCGAGACGAGGAGGGCGUCCUGACAGCCUGCAUCCACCCAGAGAGACAGGUCAGUGUGUGUGUGUGUGUCUGUCCUGACAGCCUGCAUCCACCCAGAGAGACAGGUCAGUGUGUGUGUGUGUGUCUGUCCUGACAGCCUGCAUCCACCCAGAGAGACAGGUCAGUGUGUGUGUGUCUGUCUGUCUGUCCUGACAGCCUGCAUCCACCCAGAGAGACAGGUCAGUGUGUGUGUGUGUGUCUGUCCUGACAGCCUGCAUCCACCCAGAGAGACAGGUCAGUGUGUGUGUGUGUGUCUGUCCUGACAGCCUGCAUCCACCCAGAGA